UCGCCCGUCAUCAGCCGAUCCGGAAACUGUAUCCGCACCGAACCGCGUGUCGGGAGCUUCAUGAUGUUCGAUCUCCGAGGAGCCCCACGGCGCCGGCGAGCAUUGUGGUCAACAACAUUUUCCGUUCGCCCGUUUCUCUAUUUUACUUAAGGCAAGUAAAGGUGUUCUGUAUCUCUCUCAGCUUGCGAUACCGCCUGCAAUUUAAUUUCUCAGCUCUGUUGGUCGUUGCAUCUGAACUGAAACCGGCUUCAACUUUCUUUCUCUACACAUCACACACAUCAUCGUCUUCACAAUGACUGGCUCCUCUGAUCAGAACGGCAACGGGACCGCCGCGAUCCCCACCAACGGCACAAACGAUGCUCCUGCCUAUCUCAGCACAUUGCCCCCAGCCGGCACUGACUGGAAGGUCUCUCUCAAGGAUAAAGUUAUCGCAAUUUCGGGAGCAAACCAGGGCAUAGGUCUAGGCAUUGCAGAAGUCUGCCUCGCCAACGACGCCGCAUGCGUGUACAGCCUGGACAUCACCGAGCCGGCGGAGGACUUUGCCGGCCUGCUCAAGCGGUUCCCCGGCAAGCUCGCAUUCCAGCAAUGCGACGUGACGGACUACGCCGCGCGGGCGUUUAUCAAGCUCGGGUGCAAGGGCAGCAUCGUCUUCACUGCAAGCAUGACUUCCUAUAGGCCGAACCGGGCCGCUCCCUCUGCCCCGUACGGUGCGACCAAGGGUGCCAUCCGCAACAUGACACACACGCUGGCCAUGGAGUGGGCCGAGCAUGGCAUCCGUGUCAACUCAAUCUCGCCUGGCUUCGUCAAGACGGCGUUGACGUACUACGUUGCGACUGCGCCUGACUGGGACACCAAGAUGAAGUAUUACGGUGGGAUGCCGCGUCUGGCACUGCCUCAGGAGCUGGGCGGCGCGUAUGUCUACUUGUUGAGUGAGACGGCUUCGUACACAACAGGUAUUGAUAUUCCCAUAGCAGGCAUUGUUGGUGCUUGGUAGAAAGAAGACAGAGAACAUACCCAAUUCCAAUAUUAGAAAGUCAAUGACGUAUAACACAUUGAUGCAUGUGC